CCACUCUUUAAACUUUUCUCUCCCUCUCUCCCUCUGUAUAUUUCCUUUGGCAGCUACUGGGAAUCUUAAUAUUUUUUCUGCAAAAUAAAAGGGAUAUUUGUAGUUGUUAAAGGAGUGGAUGUGAUGGUGGUGGCCUCUGGUCCAUGUGGAAGUUGUUUUCAAGACUUUGAAUACCAAUAUUGCAUUCUUUAUUGGGGCUGAGGCUUUGAACAUUUAUGAAGAGGAGGAGACUGCUCUUUGGGUGAAGAAUUGAGUCAAAUCCUUAGGUGAGAGUGUCCUACUUGUUACACAGAUCACAGCUCUUGGGUCUGUUAGUUUAAGCUUAUUUACACGGUUAAACGGCAAGGCCAAAAGAUCCUUUGCGUCCUAUAAAUGUUUUCUGCUUUAUUCAAGGCGGCAUAUGGAGAGGAGAACCAUGGAUGAAGAUGAUCAAGCGAGAGAAUGUUCGUUCCGGUUUAUGAAUGAGAAUUUUCAAUCAGCAGAAGACAAUAGGUUGUCGAAAAGGUCGAAGCACCUAGUGGUAUUGAGCCCAGGCGCUUUUAGAAGUUUUGAUCAGAGGCGGUUCCUUAACAAUUCGCAUGGUUUAGAUAAUAAGCUUGCAAAGCAUAUAAUAAGGUUUGAGGAAAGAUACUUUUUAAGUUGCUUUGAGCAUUUGAAUGCUCGUGCAUCUAGCGUAGCCUCAUGCAAUUUAUCCUCGGAAAUGGGAAUUUUAUCUGAUAGAUUGGGUUCAAGACAAGUUAGCAACAGCAGAAUGAGCAAGAAGACUGAUUUGGUCGUUGAAUUUCCUCUGGCAGCCGCUGGGGGCGAGAAUGUUGCCCCGAAGUCUACCGAGAAUUGGAUCCUCGGUGCAAUAACGGGUAGCAAGAGUAUGAUGAACAUUCUAAAGAGCCCUUUGCUUAACAAAUCGGGCACCUUGGAUUACAAUGUUGUCAACUCUGGAAAGAUAAGAUCACUCGAUUUUAAAGAGUCUACGUACUCGGAUGGGAUGAGUUCUCCUGGGGGCUUUAGUACUAGUUCAUCACAUUCAGUGCUGAAGCUCCCGAGUGACACAACUGUUGGAUUUCCCGGAUUUGGAUCCAAGGCUGUACAUAGAAAGCAUUAUUCUGUGUCAACUACAAACUCUACAUGCUCGGAUCAGUCUUUCUCCGUAGCUUCUAUUAUUACUCAAGGCAUGCUAAAGAUCACUUGGAAAAAUGGUUUACCACGUCUCGUUCUUUCUAAUGAUGUUAAGAGCGAGGUAUACGUAGCAGACUUGCUCAAGGUCAACUCAGCUGGCGAUAAGCGUUUGGAUUAUGUGUACACAUUUCGUUCAAGAUCAGCUAGCAAAAUAGAGCGGGAUAUAUGUGUAACUCAACCGGAUUUUGUUGGUAAAAUGACAGUUUCUACGUCGUUCACCCUCUCUCUGAAUGAAUCCGAGAUUAUGGAGACCGUGUUUGUCCUGUAUGGUUCCGGUGAUGAUUGUACAGAUGAUGAUACACAAAUAUCGAGCCACGUUCAGAGAAAGAACAAAAAAUUACCCAUGAAAAUGGCUGAUGUUCUUAGGUCUGGUCAGUCAUAUAAGCAGAGAAAACCGUCAAAAUUUGAUGGAACAAAUGCAAUUCUUGAAGAAAGUUCUUGGCCCCCAUCCUUAGAUACCUGGAAUAAUCGCGCCUUAGGUGGUGCUAACCAUACGGGAAAUGAACUUAUCACGAAUUUUGAGUUGGCUGCUAUAGUUGUCAAAACCCAUCUCCAUAAUAACAGUCAUAAGAAGGCAGAAUUAGGCGGGUGGGGCUUGAAGUUUCUCAAAAAAACCAUGGUCGGGCAGAAAAAUUCACGUUUAGAGACCUCGAUACGCCCUGGCAAUCCUUGCUGUAGUAGCAUUGAAUGCUCAACAAGCACAGAUGUUAUAGUACCAGCUGGUUUUCACGGUGGGCCAAGAACCCGAAAUGGCGGUCCUACUAGCCUCUUGGACAGGUGGGCUUCUGGAGGGCACUGCGAUUGUGGAGGCUGGGAUAUCGGUUGCCCGAUGACAAUUCUCAACACUAGACAAAACAGUAGCGAGAAUUUGUCCCAAGCUGAUGAUGUAUCCGGGGAUUGCAAAACCAUCAAUCUGUUUAUACAGGGCUCCAAACAAAACGUACCAGCCAUGAAAAUUGCAAACAUUCGUGAUGAUUUAUUCUAUAUUCGCUUCGAACCAAACCUGUCAACUCUGCAGUCUUUUGCCAUUGCUGUUGCCAUUAUUCAUAGCCACGACCCUAUCUUCCGAUCCAAACUGUACAGAAGGUGAAGUAACGAGGUUAAAUACUUGGCUUCUGUUGUCAUUUCUAGUCUUCACAAAACCUUAAUUAGAUCAAUUUAUGGCAAUUCAUUUUGUACAUGAAUUUGCAUCUACCGCCAGUUUGUUCCUUUUUUUUUUUGGGUUAAUCGCCAAAAAAAAAAAUGUAGCUCAGUUUUGUUUCUACUGUCUAGAUAUAAAAUUCAUCUGCUUUUUGUUGUUACAGAUACAUGUAAGUUGAACUGGACCGAGACAUUCUUAACAUACAUCCUAUACUGUUAUACUGUAAUUUUAGGAUUCAGAAGAGAAAUGGUAGCUUUGUUGAGGUUGUUGUGGCAAUGUGUUUAUGCAUGUUAGUCAUUACUGCUGCCCAUGUUGCCAAAAGCUUUGUAUGCAAGUUGGUGUUGUUAAUUAAACAUGGAUAAGACCAAACCAAAUUGUGGAUUUGUAUGUACUAAGGUUGUUGCUGAA